CCUGAGAUAAGAUAGAACUUUUGCAGAAUCUUUGCUUCCACUUUCACCCCUUCCAUCAACCCGUUAGUGAAAAUCAGGAGGUCAUUAGUAAACCGUAAAUGGGUUAACCCUAUUUUGCUGCACUAAGGAUGACAAGGUAAGACUGUUCUAGAUGUUUUCCUGUCAACAUAAAACUAAAAACAUCCAUACUUAUGGCAAACAAAUAUGGGAAAAAGGACAUCCUUGCCUCAUUCCUUUUUUUUUUCUUUGAAAACUCCCACUAACCCUCCAUUCAUGCAAUCAUAGAAGCUAGCAAACUCAAGGAAACCAUGGAUCCAAUCAAAAACUUUUUAGGGAACCCCAUUGCAAUCAAGACACAAUUUAGGAAAUCCCAAUCCACCCUAUAAAAUGAAGUCGUAAUAUCGAUUUUAAGAGCACACCUAGGGGCACAUUCUUCCUACGGUACCAUUUCACCAUUUCAUGUGAAAGAAUGAUGUUAACUAUUAUUAGUCUUCCUUUGAUAAAUGCAGAUUGAUUUGAAAUGAUUCCAGUGGGUAAGAUUGUUUUGAUUAUGUUUGCAAGCAACUUCGAGAUGCAUUCAUAGACAAGGUUACAACAGAAGAUGGGUCUAAAACAUUUCAUUAUAUUAGCAUUGGGUAUUUUUGGAGUAAGGGUGAGAAUUGUGUAGUUUACCUCUCUUCUCAUCUUCUGAGUUUGGUAACAUUAUUGGACAACACAUAUGACGUCUAUUCCCACCAAUUCCCAGUUGUCUUGGAAAAAUUCUAUUAUUCCCUUCUUCAUUCCCAUUACCACUAGUUUAACCUCUUCAUCAGUUACCACUGUACAAAGAUUAGAGCAAUCCCCCUUCAGUCUAUGGUAUGGUAAUUUCCUCAAGAUAUCGACAGAACCCCUUUUUAACAACAGGUCUUGUUUCCUAAGUAGCUUAUGUUAGAAUUGAACUGCUUCUUGACCCAUUUCCUCAACAUCUUCAAGUAAUUUGCCUUCUUCAGUCAUCAGCUCUUUGAUAGUAUUCCUGGAUUGCCUCAUUUUAACCAUACUAUGAAAGUAUCUCGAGUUUGAAUACACACAAUUCACCCACUGUUGUCUUGAAUUUUUAUAACAAAAAAGUUAUUCUGCCCUCUGUACCUCUAGAAGCUGGACCAUACACCUCUUUUAGCUUGAACAACUAAAGAGGCAAGGCACUCCAACACUUCUAGCGCCAGAGCUAGUUCUGCUUUAGCAAUCCUUACUCUUGCAUGGAUAUCAGAAUAGUUCUUCCUAUUUAACUUCCUUAACCCGACCUUAAUAUGCCUCAAUCUUUGAUACAGUAUUGCCCUUGCAUUCCCUGUAAUAGACUGGUGUCAACCCUCUUUAACCGAAUUUCCAUACUCGAUCUGAUGGAAUUUCCAGAAGCUGAGGUAUUUGAAUGGUCAAGGAAGAGUCUUCAAAUUUAAGUCAAUAUGAAUAAGUAAUUCAUAGUGAUCCAAUAAACCAGGCAAAAGAAUUUUCUCAUUGCUUUUGGGACAACUGUCCAACCAUUUUUCUGAAACUAAAGCACUGCCUUACCGCUUCGAUAUUGGAUUCUGAGACUGCUUGUUGGUCCAUGUAAACCAUGGAUCUAACACUUUGUGUUCAAUCAGUUGCAUAUCAUUGAUCCACGAGAUGAAGUUUUGAGCACUUUCCCCCAAUCCUCCAGCAUUUGAAGUCUCACUUGGAGCAACCACUACAUUAAAAUCUCCUACAACCAUCUAAGGUAGUGCCAUAUUCACUUUUGUCUUAAGUUCUUGAUACAUUUGUUGUCUCUCUAUUACUUCAUUCUAGCCAUAUAUAAAUGUGACUGAGUUAUCACCUUACCCUGAACCAAUCCAUGAACAUAAAAACCAUUACUGUCAAGGACUGUAAAUUAACUUCAAGUACUUUCUCCAUAACACCCAUAUUCUCCUACCCUGAGUAGGUGUCCUUAUACUCCCAUUCCGGGAAAUUAUCAUUAAUUAUUUCCUUAAAUCUAUCUUUAUUACUCUAGUUUCCAAGAUCUAGAAUUCCCACCUUAUACGGUCUAACUACUUCAACUAUACUUUCUUGCUUAGCAGGACCAUUGAAACCUUGCAUUUUCCAUACUAGGAUAUCAUCACUUACUUGUUUUUCCCCCUUGGAGGGCCGACAUAGUUUCCCCUUACCUUUCUUCUGAUUACCAUCUUUCCCUAGUUUUGGAAAAUGAACAGGGUCCUUCUGUGGAGAUAUCACAAGUUCUCCUACUUCAAUCUGUUCUAGUGAUGCCAGAAGGCUAAAUGAGUUCCUUGUAGAGUCCAUACUUGGUCUAGGGUCUGCAAUUACAACCCAUUGAAACUCAAAUUCUGAAGGAAUAUUCCUCCCCUGCCAAACCGAGCUUCCCUCAGAAAGGGAAGUGAUAGUCCGUUAUUAGCACAUGUUUUGGGCAUCAUUAUUGAUCUGUUCGAGAGUCGAUUUUCGUGUUUUAAAACGAUUUCACGCUAGGUUGUGCGUUUAUGUCAUAUUUCAAGACUUAGCGUGGACAUGUAGGCGUGAAAGCGAGUUUCGGAUAAAAAAUGGAGAGUUGACGCCUAGAGGAGGUGGAGGCCAAAAUACCCGGUUAGGACACUCAAAUACCCGAUUGGGUAUAGUCGGCUGGGCGAGCAGGUAUUCGACUGAAAGAGCUAUAAGGAAGAGAAUGGGGCCCGCCCGAGGGGCAUAAAUACCCGAUCGGGUAUUUUAGCCCUGGAUCAGGUAGCACCCCCUGAGUCACUGCGAUGCGUUUUGAAUUACCCGGCCAGUCCCCAUGAAUACCCGACCGAAUAUUCUGGCCGGGUAUCGCGAGCGACUGUUGUUUCAAGGGAAUUUCGAGUUGUUUGGCAAGGGAUCCGAGUUUUGGAGAAAAAAAGAGAAAAAUAGAGAGAGAAAUUGACAAAAAAGCCUCCAAGUGACCUAGAUCGAGAUUCAACAUCAUUGGAGCUUGAUUGAAGCGUGGAGAAGUGUCGAUUGAUAACCAGAAGCCAAUUUUCAUCCUUCUCAGAAUGAUUUACGCAUCUGAAGCUAAUUUCUCUUCUCUCUCUAUGGAGUAAACUCUCUCUUUCACUUAGGUAUGAAGAACCCUAGAUUUGUAUUUUAGGUUUGGUUGUAUGAACCUAAGUACAUGUUCUUUGACAUCGAUUAUAUUCAAUUGAGGCAUGAUUUUUUGAAGUGCAUGAAUCCUGAUCGAAUUCCUGUAUUUCCUGCUUUGACCUAGAAAGAGAAUAUCUGCCUAGGUUGAUACAUCACCCUUAAUUAAAGGUGGUUAAUUGACUACUUUAGUCGAGGAUUCAAUUCACUGCUCUGUACUGGAUUUACUCCAGUAGAGGAGGUUUUGAACGUUAGGGCCUUAGUUUGUUUACUCCUAUAGAGGUUAGUCGCCCGCCGGGUAUCUAGAUUGAGAGGGUCUGGAGACCUUUAGUCGAGACUUCAGACUGAAUAAGAACCUUCCGCAGUAUAACUGUCAUUGAACCUGGACUUGAAGAAUUAUAACCCGACUUAACUGCAAUCUAGGGGGUACCAUAUAUGGGUGACCUCUCUCAAACUUGAAACACAACUUUUACUGCGUUGUGUUUGUUUAGCUUAGUUAACACUUCACUACAGUCAAACCGCUAAAUAAUAAGAACUUCACGGAGUAGUCAUCACAUAUAGGACUCGGGUUGACAAUUAAAGCUAAACCCGCUAUACUACGCAUUAGUAGGUGGUUACACUUGGCCAAUUUCUAUUGUAACGGUACAGGCGAGUCAAUUUUUGGCGUUGUUGCCGGGGACGACUAGGUUGUUGAAGAAACAUGAUUUUUGUUACUUUAGCAUUUCUUUUCCGCAUCGAUUGUUUUGCUUUUCCCCACUGUGUGCAGGUAGUGCAUGACCUGUAGCCAGUCGGGAGCAUUACUAACGUUAGAUCCGGAGCUAGAACGCACUUGUUGCCGGCUUAGGCGAGUGCCGUGAGCGAGACUGGCUACGACAGAUGAGCAUAUUGACGGUCGGAUUAACAGUGACUCCGAGCAGAAAGACGACAUGAGAGACGAGAACAACGGGAUGAACAACAUGAAUCCGGAACACAUCCCAUGGGGAUGCCAAUCCAGGCUCCUCCAGUGAAUCAAGUCCCACCUAAUGGCAGUAUUCCACAUUCAGCCACUGCCAACCAUUAGUUUCCUCCCCAGGGGCCCACUAUGGAGUAUUUCUACACUCCACGGAUCACUGACAUCCGCACCGUCAUCCAGCACCCGCCCAUCUCUGCCAACAAUUUCGAGAUUAAGCCAUGCUAGAUCCAGUUGAUUGCAUCCUCAAUCCAAUUCGAUGGGCUCAAGGAUGAAGAUGUGAGGGUUCAUCUUUUUUGUUUCCUGUAGCUGACCAAUGGGUUCAAGCUGAACUGCGUAUUUGGCCGACAAUUUCGUACACAGGUCGUAUCCGACCUUUAAGACCUCAGAGAUUCAGCGGGAGAUCACUCAUUUCUGCCAAGAAGAUGAUGAGUCGAUGUGAGAUGCUUGGGAGCGAUACUUGGGUCUGUUCUGGAAGUGUCCCCAUCACGGCUUUAGUGAUUCAUUCACUGUGGGGAACUUCUAUAGUGCUCUAUCUCCGGAGAGUCCGAGACUGAUUGAGUCUUUAUGUUCGGGUGGAGACAUUCUCACUAAGACUCCACCCGAACUGAAUAAGAUGAUCAGUACUUUGACCGCCAGAGAUCAUUCUUCGGGGUAGAUCAUCAGAGGUAGGAGCUCUUGAGACAGAGGUGUACAUGCCAUGGAGGGCAGGUCAGGGCUUGAGCGUGAGGUGGCAGAGCUGGUUCAGACAUUGAAGCAGCCCAAAAGACUCCUACUAGGCAGAGGCAUGGUCGCACCUCCUGUAGCACAGUUCAAGUGGUGUGAGAGUUCGAACCACUUGAUGGAGGAUUGUCAGGCUAUGCGGGAGUCCUCCACACCCUAGGAGCAGUUGGACUUCAUCGCCAAUGCUCGACGCCUUGAAACAUAUAGUGGUAACUAUAAUGAGGGAUGACGACAACAUCCCAAUUUCUCCUAGAGUGGCAACAACAACAACACCACCAAGCCUCUCGGUUUCACAGCACCAGCUGGUGGUUUUCAACGAAGGCAGCAGUACCAGAAGCGACGGGGUUCAUUUUCUCUGCAGCAGCCUUUUCAGCCCAGAUAGGGGCAACCUUUCCAGAAUAGUAGAGGCAAUUUGCCCUAGCCGGACCAGCCCUAGCACAGAGUGAUCGAAUGUCAGAGCUGAAGAAUAUGGUGAUGGCUAUCGUGACUACCAGUAUAGAGAAGUUUUCCAAGAUGGACCAGUUCAUGGAAUUCUCUAUGGGGAAAUUCAAUGCACUGGAGGCAGUCCAGAGAAACCAUAGUGCUAUUUUGGAGGACCGCCAGAACCAGAUUGGAGGAAUAGCUCAAAAUAACAGCACUAGGGCACCGGGAACUCCACCUAUUAACACCAUCCCAAAUCCUCGUGAGCCUCACCAGCAGCUAGAUGCCAUCACUACUAAAAGUGGCAAGACGACAUCUAUUGUACCUGCCUCGGCCAGGCAGGAGGAACCAACACCUGCUCCAUCAGUUCUAGCUGAAGAUGAAAAGGUGGGGCUAGAGAAGGAAGCACCUGCUCCCAAGUGCAAAAAUAGAGCAAAUAUCGUCCAACAUUCGAUUUAUGUCGCAUCAAGAAUACCCAAACCGCCCUGCUAUAAGUGCCCCAGAUGUCAAUGUGAAUGAGUUCAAAACAAGACGUAGUUUAAAUGGAGCUAGAAUCAAACGAAUCGCGGGUCUAUUUAACACACAAAAAAGACCGACAUGGUUCUGAAUUCUGAAUAAAGGAACAUUCAACAA